AAAAGGUCCAAAAUGCACCAAUGUUCCGUUUGCCUCAAGAUAUUCCCGCGCCCCAGCGGUUUGAACACGCACAUGAACUCCCACUCGGGAGCCAAACCCUACAAGUGUCCGGUAUCAUCGUGCGAUAGACACUUUGCCGUACGAUCUAAUGCCAAGCGCCAUCUGAAGACACACGGCAUCAACCCCUCUUUGAUGGAGAGCCCAUCUCAGGGCACCAACUUUAUGGUUGGGUUUGAGGAGCCUCUCGUAAAUCACCAUGUUCACGAUGCCGGCCGGCCACCGACAAGACUCAGGUGGAUUCCGCACAGCCUUGCCACGAGGACG